AUGCCAGACGACUGGGGCAUGGUACGGGACAAUGAUAAAGGAGCCUGGACCGACGACGGCGAUUUGAGCAGUGAUACACGAGAAUAUAUAAACUCGGAAAGUGAGAUAAUGUGUUGCCUUCUGAAAAUGACUUGCUGUGAGCACAAAUAGACAUGAUAACUUCUUAUUAGAAUUAUUGAUAGUCUGAGUGAAAACAUGCAUAGCUGGGCGAACUGAAUUCUGCAGGGCUGAUCAUAUACUAUAUACGAGAAAAUUAACUUUGCACGACAUAAACACGACACCGAUAGAACCCAAAACAGAGGAAGAUUGUAGCUGAGAGUCCUACUUUGUUUAAAUCCAUGAUACUGGAAUUAUUACUUGCACAGUAUUCUCUACAGCUCUCCUUUUUCAUGUAAUAAAAGAAGCUGGUAAUUAUCCUGAUCUUGAAUAUCUGUUUGUUUGUUUUUAACGGAUGUUCCUUUAAACGUUCUCGUUCAAUAUUACUUCUCCCAGUUUUUCCUUGUUUUGUUUUUUACAAUGCCAGCAAGCUCUGUGGGAACAGGAGGGGCGCUGAUGGUCUCUGGGGGUGGGGGACUGGGAGAAAAUGACCCCAGAACUCCCCAAGACCUAUAACGGCUAUAAGAAACAAUGCCAAGCAUUUUUUGUCAACUUAUUGUAAACAAUUUUACCAGUAAGCUUGUCGCAGAUUAAAAGGAACCCCCAAAAUUAUAAUGGACUGGUUUUUCGUAAAGCACAAGAAACCCUCGGGCAAAGAUCGCAUAAAAGGAUAUGAAAAAAAACAGUAUUUGUUUAAAACGGAAAUCGAUCGCUGUAAUCAGCUAUUUUAAGAUGGAAACGAGGCGAUAAGCACAUUCUUGGAGCCUGUUUCGCCUCAAGUUGUUACACCCAAUAUCACACUACUGCUCGUUUUAAACAGUACUUGAAGUAAAGAGUACUGAAUUUAAUCUAGUUAUUUUACAUAGAAUCUUAAAAAAUACCACUGUCAGCUCAAGAAACUUGCAGUUUCAAUGGAGUGUAGUGACAUUUAAUAAAAACGCUGUCUCCGAGUUGCCUUAGGCCAUAUCAUAAAAAGACCAAGUGCGCCGAACCAUUUUUAAGUAAAUGAAUUUAUUUGCGUAUGAAUGGAAAAUAGUUUAGUAUGAGAAGAUGUCCACCUGGACUCUCUUUGAAAACGAGGCUUAAAAGAUAAUGACCUAUAUAUUUUACACUACUUUGUUCCGUGCAUCAUCUCUUGAGGCCAUAUCCCUCGAAGCGUUUGUAUUUCUUCCGUUCACAGAACAUUUUGAGGCAGAAAAGUUUUGAGGUGGGUAAAAAGUGUUUGAUUUCUCUUUCAUUUUUUAUUCCGUCGCGUAGAGAAUCUCUGAGAGAAUUCCAUGAAAUGAAAAGAUUACCUUUUCUCGUGUCGUUAGCUUUAAUACAAUGAUUUGUGUGAGGGUAGAUUUCCACUCUCGCGUAAUUUUUACACGUGUAAAUAAAAUACAGGCAAUGUAUGAAAGGUUGUGCGUAAACGCAAAAAUUGAACGCUCGCUCAACUUUUACGUCUAUGCGCAAACGUUCAUACAUAGCCUCUAUUUUAUUUACGUGCGUAAAAUUAACGCACGUACGCACGUAAAAAUUACGCGACUGUGGAAACCUACCUUAAGGUGUCUGUCACAUACGGGGCAUUGUUUGAUCUUUGAUUGGAGAGUACUAAGCCCCAAAUCACGCACGUUUUCUCCGAAUGAUAUCUAUCUUUAUUUGAGCUUGUGUAGAAUGGCGGUCGAAAGGGACUGGCGAAUCAGUUUAUGUUUCGGACUUUUUUUCUUCAUCAAACUCGCUUGUUGACGAGUCGAGGUUUAUCUUUAUGACGUAAAAUGCAAAUAUCAUCAUCAUCGGGCCUUUUUGUUCUAGUUAUAAGGCUAUACAAGGUAAAUUUUGUAUUAGUUAGUCAUGUGGAUUAAAGCGUGACCAUUGCAUUAAAAACCUACUUUAAAUCAUUAUAAUACUUUCUGAUGGAACAGGAAUCAGUAGAUUUUUCUCUGACCUGAAAUAUUCCUCUGACCUGAAUCUUGGCGAGGAUCUUUGUAUAUGUGCCUCCUUUCAUUUCCCAGUUUCUGGACUCUAUCUAAUGAACGGUUUUGAAUUUUAUUUUGAUCUACUUUGAAUGGUGUGACACUGGAAACCAUGUAAUAAAAUAAGCUGGUAAUCAUGCUGAUCUUGAAUAUCUGUUUCUUUGAUUUAACGGAACUUCCUUAAAACAUUCUUGUACAAUAUUAUUUCUUCUCCUAGUUUUAUUUCUCCUCCUUAGAGCCCGUUUUCGCCUCGAGUGUUUACACCUAAUAUUACACUACUGCUCGUUUUUAAACAGUACUUGAAGUAAAGAGCUGCUAAAUUUAAUCUAGUAAUAUUAAUUUUACAUAGAAUCUUCAAAAAUACCACAGUUAGCUUAAGGAACUUACAGUUUCAAUGGAGUGUAGUAACAUUAAUAAAAAAGCCCAUCUCCGAGUUGCCUUAGGCCAUAUCAUAAAUAGACCAAGUGCGCAGAACCAUUUAUACUGAAGUAAAUGAAUUUAUUCGCGUAUGAAUGGAAAGACAGGGGCACCCAACGAGAAUAUAGUUCAAAACCACUUAAACAUAGCAUUGUUAAACGUUUUUUAGUAUUUAAACGGUAGAUAUAUGCGUAUUUUUAUCCCCCAAAAAUAUUUCAUCUGUUCGGAUUUCCUAGCUGAAAGUCUAGUGAUCCGAAAAUUAUAGAGAUCAAAACUUACUUUUUCGAAAAUUUCAGCCAGAAAAAAGGCUCCCGAAAAGUUUAGGUGACCUUUUUAAAGUAAAAAUCCGUUAAAAAUGGGCAAUUACACUAUUUUUUAGAUGUUCGAAAAUCCUAGGAGAGGCAGGCAAGCAAGAAAUUUUACAACAAAUGUUCCGAAAUUUCUUUAUCUCACAUCUUCUUCCGAACAGAUAUUUUCCGAAAAUUGACGUUGGGUGCCCCUGAAAAGAGUUAAGUAUGAGAAGAUGUCCAACCAUCCUCGGAGACCCAGGGGCAGUUCGUCGGGUCGAUAAAAUGUUUGUGGCGAAAGUUUACUGUAAGAUCGAUCUUACAGUAAACUUUCACCACGAACAUUUUAUCGACUCGACUAACUCCCCCUGGGUCUCCGAGGAUGAUGUCCACCUGGACUCUCUUUGAAAACAAGGCUUAAGAUAUAACGACUUAUAUAUUUUACAGCAAUAUCCCUCGAGGCGUUUUGUAUUUCUUCCGUUCACAGAACAUUUUGAGGCAGAAAAGUUUUGAGGUGGGUAAAAAGUGUUUGAUUUCUCUUUCAUUUUUUUAUUCCGUCGCGUAGAGAAUCUCUAAGAGAAUUCCAUGAAAUGAAAAGAUUACCUUUUCUCGUGUCGUUAGCUUUAAUACAAUAGGGCCAUUUAUACGAGGAAAAAUAAGACGCGUCUUACAUAAGACGCGAACUGUACCAUUUAUACGAGCAUGUCUUAUCUAAUAAGACGCGUCUUAGCUAAGCCGCGUCUUAUUUUAGACGAAAUGUCCCGUUUAUACGGAAAGUUCGCGUCUUAUUUAAGACGCGUCUUAGACCCUGUUUACAUGGAGUGGGGGACCCCGGUCCAGUGGGGUAAGUUUCUUUUGUUUUGUGUCCCCCAGAGCGUGAAAACAAAAGAAACUUACCCCACUAGACCGGGGUCCCCCACUCCAUGUAAACAGGCCCUUAUUUUUCCUCGUAUAAAUGGCCCUAAUGUUUUGUGUGAGGGCAGAUUUCCACUCUCGCGUAAUUUUUACGUGUGUAAAUGAAAUAUAUAGAGGCAAUGUAUGAAAGGUUGUGCGUAAACGCAAAAAUUAAACCCUCGCUAAAUUUUUACGUCUAUGCGCAAACGUUCAUACAUAGCCUCUAUUUUAUUUACGUGCGUAAAAUUAACGCACGUACGGCACGUAAAAAUUACGCGACGGUGGAAACCAACGUUAAGGUGUUUUUUACCUACAGGGCAUUAUUUGAUCUUUGAUCGGAAAAAAUAGUAAGCCCUAAAUCACGCACGUUUUCUGCGAAUGAUAUCUAUCUGAAGAAUGGCGGUCGAAAGGGACUGGCGAAUCAGUUUAUGUUUCGAAAUUUUUUUUCUUCAUCAAACUCGCUUGUUGACGAGUUAAGGCUUAUCUUUAUGGCGCAAAAUGCAAAUAUCUUAAUCAUUGCGCCUCUUUGUUCUAUUUAUAAGGCUGUACAAGGUAAAUUUUUUAUCAGUUAGUCAUGUGGAUUAAAGCGUGAUCAUUGUAUCAAAAACCUAGUUGUACCCGUUAUAAUGUAUCGUAGUUGAUGGUGUUGAACACACCACCCCAGCCUCUAUUGCAUCCGUGCUCAACUGUUAUUUCUCAUCCAUUGGCAGAAGUCUUGCAAAUAAAAUAUCAGCUGCUGCUAUGUUCCCAGUCAGAUCGGCCACGAUGCUACAGUCUUUCUCGCUUGACGAAGUUGAUGAGAAAACAGUACUCAAGCAUCUGCUUUCUCUAAAGACAAAUAAAGCUAUUGGCUUGGACAACAUCAGUGCGAGACUUUUAAAGUGUGGCGCGCGUGCUAUUUGUCCCUCGAUCACCAAGUUACUGAAUCUCUCUAUUCGCACUGGCAAUUUUCCUGAAAUAUGGAAAUGCUCGAAAGUGGCUGCACUUUUCAAAACUGGAGAUAGGAGAGAUGCGUCAAAUUAUCGCCCAAUUUCUAUUCUGCCAACAAUGAGUAAAAUUCUGGAAAAAGUCGUCCAUUCCCAAUUCUAUGACUUUCUGAAUUCAAAUAAUCUCCUUUCAAGCAAACAAUUUGGCUUCCGUCCCAAACUGUCUACAACAUCGGCUCUCACCAGUUUUGCAGAUGAGGUCCUAUUGCAUAUGGAGAGUGGAGAACUGUGCGGUGCAGUGUUCCUAGAUCUGACCAAGGCAUUCGAUACCGUUGACCAUACGAUCUUGCUAUCUAAAUUGUCGGCUAUCGGUGUCUCGCCCAGCACUCUACAGUGGUUCAAGUCUUACCUGAAUCAUCGUAAACAGCGGACUGCCUGUAGCGAUGCUGUGUCUGACCCUCUCCCGAUGACCUUUGGGGUGCCACAGGGGAGCAUUCUAGGACCGCUUCUCUUCUUGGUUUAUAUUAAUGACCUUCCGCUGGUUAUAAAGAAUUGCGAAGUGACUUUGUAUGCUGAUGACACGGUCCUGUACUACUUUGCUAAAGAGCCACACCUGUUAGAAGAGGCACUGAAUGAUGAUCUCUUGAAAGUUGCCCAGUGGUUACAUGGAAAUAAGUUAACUUUAAAUCUUACUAAGACGAAAUCCAUGAUUAUAGGCAGUAAUAGGAAACUUGUUGGUAUUUCCUCUUUCACGUUAUCUAUUUUUGACACUGAUAUAAAUUCUGUAAGUAGUUUUAAAUAUUUGGGAGUUAUGUUGUCUUCAACUUUCACAUGGUCCGACCAUAUUGAGUAUAUUUCAUGUAAGGUUAAUAAAAACCUUGGUCUUCUACGUAGGAUUAAGUAUUAUUUACCUUAUGAUGCCCGGUUUUUUUUUUUAUAAUAGCUUAGUGCUACCUAUUUUUGAUUAUGCUGAUUUAGUCUGGGGUGACAAGGACAAUGUCUCACUUAUGAAGGAAUUGCAAAUUCUCCAAAACAAAGCAGCUAAGUUGAUAUUAGAUAGAUCACCUCACUCCUCAUCCACCGAUGCAUUGAUUGUCUUGAGAUGGCUGAAUCUUGAAGAACGUAGGAAAUGUCAUCGAUGUAUAUAUGCAUACAAGUGUAUUAAUGGCCAACUUAAUCAUUCUUUGGACAUUGUAAGAAAGAGUGAUAUACAUUCCUACAAUACGCGCAAUAACGAUACUAUCAAGCUCCCCAAAAUUAAAUAUAAUUGGGGAAAACAACGUUCGCGGUACCACUGUUUCAAAGACUUUAAUGAAUUAGAGAAAUCUGUAAGAAACUCAGCAAGUUUUCCAAUUUUUAAGAAGUGUCUUUUUUCUGCUUUUUAUAAUUGAGUACUUGUAGUGUGUAUGUUUUAAUUAUUUCUGUAACUCGAUUUUAGCUUGAAAUUUUUUUUUUUUUUUUUUUUUUUUUUUUUUUGUAUCAUAUAUAUCGAUUUUAGCUUAACCUUUUUAUAUUUUAAUUGUAUUAUAUAAUAUACAUCUCGUAAUUAGGACCUCUAUGUAAACCACUCUUGUGAUGGAGCAUCCUAUUAAAAGAUUGUUAUUAUUAUUAAUACUUUCUCAUGGAACUUCUUACGCCCUGUUCACACGAAUCAGGAGAUUUUUCUCUAAAACCGCGUAUUUCUUUACCCGGAUUCGUGUGGACGAGGCUUAAGGCCAUGCCAUUAUUAUAAGUGUUGCACGGUUUCCCAUCGCUCCUACAACUUAUAAAAAUACAAUGAAUAUGCUAAGAUCAGAUGGUGUUUUCCUUACUGUCAAAUGUUUUAAUUUAGGUGAAAAUGAAGCAUCUCAUUAAGAUUCUCAUCUUGCUGUUUGCUGUGACUUUGGUUACGGGAAAACCAAUGCCAGACGAGUGGGGCCUGGUACGGGACAACGACAUAGGAGCCUGGACCGACGAGGGCGAUUUGAGCAAUGAUGCCCGAGUAUAUAUAAACUCGGAAAGUAGUAAUCUUUGUUGCCGUCUGCAAGUGAAGGCUUGCUGUCAGAAAUAG